UCCCAAAGUUUUCAAUGAGGGUGGCACGCACUUUUUCUUCUGACUCUGUAUGCAGAGCCUCAUGCACACACACACACACACACACAACACACACACGCUCACAUAAACACAGGCAUUCAGAAAGAGAUGCACGCACACAUGCAUGUGUGAGUAUGAGCAGAUGUGAUCUUGUCUCUUUAACUCGCCUCUCUGGAUCAAAUGCUGUACUUUGGACCUGAGGGGAAGCAGAGGCCGGACGAGAGGAGAAGAAAAGAAAAGUGAGGGACAGCGUGUUGACAAGAAGGAGAAGAAGAAUGGGGUAGAGAAAAAAAAGAAAAAAGUCUUCUGGUGGAGGAGAUGGACUGAGGCGAGCCAGAGGGAGAGAAAGGAGGCAACACACACACACACACAGGCAGCUGUGGACAGACAUGGGCAGAGAGUGGUUCACCAGGGGAUUGCUGCUGCGGCUGUGCAUUCUGCUCGCUGCUUUGUGUGUGUGCCUUCAUGUUUACCUGGAGAGGGGUCGCAGGGGCGCACCUGCACCCCAGGCCUCGGGACGUCCUACCCAAACCAGCCAAGAAAGCAGAGGCAAGCGGGUCUCAUUAGACAGGAGCGUUAAAAGGAGAGUAUCUUACAUUCGCACACUGAAGAAGGACAGCCCGGUCAGGAGGACGGAUGGAGACAGAGAGGACCCCUCACCUGCGUGCUGCCCGCCUCUCCACCCGCACAGAAAGUCUCCUCGAUGGCAUAUAGACCUGGAGCCGUGGGCCAGCGAGAGCCGCUCUCUGGAGGACGAGGCCAGGAGGUUCCUCGACUACAUCACAACACCACAAGUGUCGUGUGUGUCGCUGAGCAGAGGGGACUCAGACCCGGAGGGGCCCAAAGGUCCCUGGGCCGUCUGCAUGGACCCCAAGUACAGCCUGACUCACAGAAUACACAGCAAGAACUGCAGGGUGUAUUCUCUCGGGUUGGGUAUGGAUGAUCGGUCUCUGGAGCGUUCCCUGGCCAAAUCGGGCUGUGAGGUCCACUGCUUCGAUCCCAGCCUGAAGCAGCCUCACCUGCAGCAAGCUGAGAUGUGGCUCCACCGGCUCUCAGUCGACUGGAGAGACCCCAACCCUGCCAUUGUGGCCCAGCACCAACACGCCAGCACCAAGAAACUAGCCACCAUCCUCAAUGACUUUGGCCACAGACAGGUGGAUGUACUGAAGGCAGACAUGGAGAGCGCAGAGUGGAAGAUUUUGGAGAACUUGAUUUUGGAAGGAGUUCUGGACUCGGUGGGGCAGCUGCUCCUGGAGCUGCACCUCCACUGGGCCGGCUUCGAGGUCGGCGGCGAUGACCCGUCCGUGGUGCGCUACUGGUUCAGCUUGCUCAAGGAGCUGGAGCACGCCAACUUCCGCCUCUUCCGCUUCCACAGCGAUCCCGCCAAGCCUCGCCUCUUCCUGCACAAGAAUGUCCUCAACGCCAGCAGUGCUUACACUUUGGGCUGGAUUAACACACAGUGGAGGCCCAAAUGAGAGAAAGUAGAGUUAACCAAAAACAUCUAUAUUUGUACUGGAAUGGAGCUGAGUGGUCAUCGAGGCAGGAACCUUUGAGUGGGAAUUUGGUGCAGCAUGGGAGUUUUAAGUCUGAACUCAAAUGUUUGCCAGAGCCUUUAUAUGACCAUUUAGUUGUCAAACAGACCUCUCCUAUCAAGCCUGACAUUUCAGCAAGGCUUAAAUCCCCACUCCUCCUUAUCCUCCCUCUCUUCCAGUCCUAGCCUCUAACAACCUUAGCCAUGUAGAGGGCCAGAGUAAUUGCCUCCAGAGGCUCUCUGCGCACUACUUCAUAGCAGUUAUGUUGCUGGCUGGAGGUCAGCCUCUGAGUCGCAGUCACCCCUGUCGUCAUGGUCUUAUCUGGGCUUGGCUCACAGCCAGCCAUCCCGGCCAGUAUUAGACAACCUUUCCCCUAACCAGCAUGUGGACAGAUUACACUGCUCUGCACAGGCACAGAGACCACAGCCCCUCUUGCUGCCAAAUGAAUUCAGCCUGAUUCUCACUCCGAAGGGAAAUGGAAACAUGUUAAAGGGGGGCUGCUAGAUGAAAGAAGCCGCCUCAUUGACAGGGGGUGAAUGUCUGUGGGAGGCCAGCAGGGCUGAAAGAGAAAAGAGUAGAGGGAUGGAGGUAAUGAUGGUACAGAAAUCCAGGAUCUGUCUGGACACAGACAAGCUUCCCUGCUAUUGAACGGAGCUUUAAACUCGGAAAUGACUAUCUAGAUUACAGAAGAACGUCUUAAUAAUGUGAAGAAUGUCAUGGUAUUGUCUCUUAAAUCAUGCACAUGUAUUUGUUUGAUUUUUCAAUAACUGUCUGACAGUGAGAAAAGACAGAAACGAUUAACUCCAAUUAUAUUUUUGCAUAUUGUAGAUUCACUGGUUAUAAUAGAAAAUGUCAAUCCAACAUACAAUUGUAAAGCCACUAUUCUGUCAAUGCUUUCUUUCUCUUGCUUUUCAUGAUGUUCAAGUGGUCUUACUUCAUUAUCUCUGCUGCUCUGCGACAUCACCAGAUUUCAUUUGAAAAUGGAGCACUAGCCUGACAGCCUACAAAUUAAUUCACAUUCAAAACUAAUUCAAUUAAUAUAAUUUCCCUAAAUCUUUUGAUACAGUUGAAAGAAGAGAUGAAAUAAAGAAUCGUCUGGGAUUUUCAUGUCGGGUUUUGUUCAGACACAAUGGCGG